AUGCUCGCCUCGACAACAACUCUCCUGCUCGCCCUCAUGGCACAGGUGUUUGCGCACCCUGCCCAGAACCGCUGUGCGGCCGGUGGCGGCGGUAAAGCCAAGGCCGCCAAGAACGGCAAGGCCAUCUACGUGCUCUCCAACGAAAAGGCCAACGCGGUGGUCGCCAUGGCCAUUGGCAAGGACGGAAAGCUUGGUAAGGGAGUCAGCACCGCCACCGGCGGCGAGGGAGCCACUGGCGUUGAUGACAAGGGCCAGCCCGCCGUCCCUGAUGCGCUGUUCAGCCAGUCUGCUCUGACUGUUGCCGGCAAGAACCUCUUCGCGGUCAACUCAGGCUCCAACACCCUGACCAUGUUCGCCAUCGACCCCAAGGACCCGACCAGGCUCACCAUGGUCGGCGAGCCCGCCGCCAUCCCGGGCGAGUUCCCCGUCACCGUGGCCGCCUCCGCCAAGAACAAGCUGGCGUGCGUCGGCACCUCGGGCGCCAAGGCCGGCAUCUCGUGCGCAGCCUUCUCCGACGAGGGCCUCGGCGAGAUGGACGCCCUUCGGCCCAUCGACCUCGGCCAAACCACUCCCCCCAAGGGCCCCACCAACACCGUCUCGCACGUCUUCUUUUCGCGCGACCAAAAGACCCUCUUCUCCACCGUCAAGGGCGACCCGCCGACCAAGAAGGACGGCUUCAUCGCCUCCUUCGCGGUCGCCGCCGCCGGAGACCAGGCCGCCAAGGUCGACUCCAGGAUCACCAAGGCCACGCCGCAAGGCACCGCCGUGCUCUUCGGCGCCGCCACGAUCCCCGGCAGCAGGGACCUGUUCGUGACCGACGCGGCGUUUGGCGCCGUGGUGCUGGGCAUGGACGAAAAGACGCAGACGGCGUCGACGGUCAGGGGCAAGGGCGAGGUGGAUGGGCAAAAGGCGACGUGCUGGGUGGCCGUCAGCCCGGCGACCGGCACCGCCUUCGUCACCGACGUCGGCAGCAACCGCCUCGUCGAGAUGUCCACCAGGGACGCCACGGUCCUCAACAAGAUCGAGCUCGCCAGCGGCGACCCCGGCCUGAUCGACCUCCAGGCCGCCGGCCGGUUCGUCUACGCCCUCAGCCCCGGCAACGGCACCACCCUCGCUGCCGUCACCGUCGUCGACGCAAGGACCAGGAAGGAGGUGCAGCACAUGCAGAUGGAUGCCAAGCUCGCGGGCAAGAACUCGAUGGGCUUGGCUCUGCUGAAGUAA